UCUCCUCCCUCAUAAGCCUCGUUCUGUGCUUGUUGUUUUCUUUCUCCAGGCCUUUCCAGUUGUACGCGUGGGAUCUUUCUGAUGCUCCUCAGAAGUAAAACCACCUUUGGCGGUGAAAUAAUCAGUUCCAAGCGCGGCCGCUUUCCGCAGCUCCCUGCUGGCUGCCUGAACGCCCGCUGGAUCCGGAGGGCAGUUGUGCGGUAAAAUGAAGUUUCUGAAUGAGAUCAGUGGCCUUAAAGGAAACCUUAGGUGGCAAAUGGAGUAAUUAGACCAUUUCUCCAGCAUUUGUCCCUACCUCUAACAGGUGCCUUCUGCCUGAUGACCUCAGUCCUCAGGGACAUGAUGGAGCUCCUAGAAGAAGAUCUCACCUGUCCCAUUUGCUGUAGCCUGUUUGAUGAUCCUCGUGUCCUGCCCUGCUCACACAACUUCUGCAGAAAGUGUCUAGAGGGAAUACUGGAUGGAAACGUGCGGAACGUGCUGUGGAGGCCAUCCCCUUUCAAGUGUCCCACAUGCAGGAAGGAAACUCCUGUUACUGGAAUCAACAGCUUACAGGUCAACUAUUCCCUGAAGGGUAUCGUGGAGAAGUACAACAAAAUCAAAAUAACUCCAAAAAUGCCCGUGUGCAAAGUGCACAGCGGGCAACCCCUGAACAUUUUUUGCCGGACAGACAUGCAGCUGAUCUGUGGGGUUUGUGCCACUCGUGGUGACCAUACAAAGCACAUGUUCUGCUCUAUCGAGGAAGCUUAUUCCCAGGAGAAGAGGGCUUUUGAAACCUUGUUUCAGGGCUUUGAAACUUGGCGUUGUGGAGAUGCGCUCUCUCGGCUGGAUACCUUGGAAACCAGUAAGCGGAAAGCUCUGCAGAUGCUGACCAAGGAUUCUGACAAGGUGAAAGAAUUCUUUGAUAAACUGCAGCACACGCUGGAGCAGAAGCGAAACGAGAUUCUGUCUGACUUUGAGACCAUGAAGCUUGCAGUGAUGCAGGCCUACGACCCGGAGAUCAAUAAACUGAACUCGAUUCUGCAGGAGCAGCGGAUGGCUUUUAACAUUGCAGAGGCCUUCAAAGACGUGUCGGAACCCAUUGUAUUUCUGCAACAGAUGCAGGAGUUCAGGGAAAAAAUCAAGGUGCUCAGAGAAACCCCUUUACCUUGUUCCACUGUGGACAUCACCCCUACAAUGAAGAGCUUUGAUACCAGCCAGUGGAAUGGAAUCAGAUUGGUUGAUGUGGACAAACUUUCUUUACCUCAGGAAAACAACAGUCUGAAAUUGAAGAUUCCCUCGGUCUUUUCACGCAGAUUUAUAGUAGCCUCUCUCAUUUGCUUGCUUAUUCUUGCUGUCACCAGAAUGUCUUUUGUGGAGUCUGUGGUUGACAACUUCCAGUGCUGGAAAUCUCAGUUCUUUACCAUUAGCUUGUCCUAUCUGGCAGAUACAGUGGAGAUAGCUGAUCAUGCAGUCUUUUACUGGGAACAGAUGACUGAUGGAGCUUCACUUCUGAGCGAGAAGUGUAAAAACUAUACGUUGGUUGUACUGGAUAAUGUUGCACAGUUUGUGUGCAAGUACAAACUGUUGUGAAGUCCCUACUGAAAUGUAAGAAGUAAAAGAGAUUUGAUGGGAAAAAAAGCGUAGAAAGUUGUAAAAUUAAUUGGUUUUUUUUUGUGUGUUUUUUUUAAAGACUUUCAUUGUAAGCAAUCAGAGAUUGGAAAUGUUUUCAGAAUGUCUGUAAUGUUCAUGUAGUUGGAGCACUACUAAACUGAAGGUGAAACAGCUCUGAAAAACAUGUUCCUGGACUUCUGUUGUGGUGGUGAUUAUGGAACAUUCAUUUAAAAUCAUUUUCCUUACUGAAAUUUAGGGCCUGUGUACUUAGUAUAAUGACAAAAUGCUUGUGGAGUAAGAAAUUGUAUACUCUUUGAUAAAAAGCACUCCUAUAGGGCAUAGUUGAUUUUUAUUUUCUUAAUUUGAAGGUGGUUUGGAAACAAAAAGAAGAGCUGUGAUUGAGAAGAGUGUUGUACUGAGAGGUUUAAGAUUGCCCUUCUACUGCAAAACACAGUGCAGAGUUCAGUCUGGAAUCCCUUUCUACCUGAGGGUGGUUCUACCUGUAUUCCCUGAAAAAUAAAUGUAUCUGUAUACGUAGAUUAAUAUAUAUA